GACACGAAGAGAAUUGUAAAUGAAUAUAAUUUCAAAUUUCAAACCUUGAUGAAAUAAUUGUUUAAGACUCUCCUCCUCCGUCGUGGCCGCCGCCUUCACCAAGAAACCUACACGAAGCAGACAGCCCAUUUCCGCCUAUAAAUCCCUCUCCCCUCUUCACAAUCUUCUGCAACUUUGUUAACCAUGGCGAUGCUAAUCCAAAGAGCUUCUGCGUUGACCAUCGUCGUCUGCUUAACCUCCGCCCUGCUCUGGUCGUGUGCCACCGCGCAGGAAGUCGAGGAUGAAAGCGAGUUCAACUACAUAAGAGGGAGCAAGAAAGGGCCAACGAGAUGGGGCGAGAUUAAAAAAGAAUGGGCGAUGUGCAACAACGGCGACAUGCAAUCACCCAUUGAUUUGUCAAGCAAAAGAGUCAAAGUUGUCAAAAGUUUAGGUCAACUUAAGAGGAAAUACAAACCCUCCAUGGCCAUUCUCAAAAAUCGAGGCCACGACAUUACGAUUAAGUGGGAGGGAGACGCAGGAUCAAUCGAGAUCAACGGAACAAAUUAUGUUCUUCAGCAAGCUCAUUGGCACUCGCUUUCUGAACACACCCUUAAUGGAAGAAGCUACGAUUUAGAGGUUCAUUUGGUUCACCAAAGCUCAAACCCAGACGCCAAAUAUCCGAUUGCGGUUGUUGGCGUGUUCUACAAGAUUGGUCGUCCCGAUGCGUUCCUGGGCAAGAUGAGUAGAAAAAUAAAGGAAUUGGGUGAAGAAAAGGAGAAAAAAGCAGGAAGGAUAGAUCCUAGAGGAAUCAAAAUGGGUGGGGAGAAGUACUAUAGAUACAUGGGAUCCCUCACUGUCCCUCCCUGUACUGAGGGUGUCAUUUGGAACAUUAACAAAAAGGUACAAACAGUCUCACGGGAACAAGUGAGCCUUCUGAGAUCAGCGGUUCACGAUUCUGCAGAGAGGAAUGCAAGACCAAUCCAACCACAUAAUGGACGACACGUCGACCUUUAUGAUCCAAAUCCUACGCACAUAAUUAAUUGA